AUGAAGAUUGAAACAUGUUUUGAGAGUAUUGAACAGUCAAUUGAUAGUAUUUCAUCUCUUGAAUUCAAUUAUCCUCGACAUUUUACUAACUCUUUACUUAAAUUAAAGAAUAUUGCGACAUUAAUUCGAGAUGCAGAGCUUCAUGAAAAUAUGCUAUUUACAGUUGAAAAAGGCCAAAAAGAGCCUCAAAAGACAAAGCAAUGUUUUAAAAUGCCUGUAACACCAUUAAAAAGCAAGGAGUCACUAUCUCCGGAAACACUGUUAAUUGCAGCAAAAAGACUCUUAGAUAUAUGUCAUUUCCCAGAAAUGGAGGAACGGAUUGCAUUAUUAUACGAGAAAAAUCGCAAACAUCUUGAAACAAUAGAAAAUUUGGAGACAAAGAUUGAUUUGCAACGUAGGCAGCUUGAUAUGCUUUCAACAAAUAAUCAUCUCAAUUUUGAGGACAAGAGUGAAUUUAUAACGGAUGAAAUGAUUCAAUAUGAAAAAGAUGAAAUAGAAAGAUUAGAACAUGAAUUAGAAUUAAAAAGUAAAGAAUUAUAUGGUAUUCUAUAG